AUAUUUGAAGAUUAGACUCUUAUAGUUAAGUUAAUACUGCCAAAUGAACGAUUAGAUGAACUUCAUAUGAAUAUAAUUACAGAAUUGGUUAUAAAAGUUGUAAGUCAAAAUGCUUAUGAACACUGAAACUAAGAAAUCAAACGAUAGUUGUUUCUUAUUUUACAUUUGAAGCUUAAACGAAAGGGUCCGUAUUGACUAACACCAAUGAAAAUUAUAUGCACUCCCUCGAAAGUUUGAAUGUUUAAAUCUCCAAUGAGUGGAAUGUUUUCUACCUUUCUUUAUAGUAGACAUAAACGUAUACAUUUAGGGUUGUGGUUUAACUACUACUUUGCUCGUCAUAUUGAUAAUAAAACAUCGAAACUCAAUUUUAGUUGACUAUAAAAGCAAUCCAAUUUGCCCAGAAUUUAUACUUUAUUAAUACCCAACAUUUUAAAGAACGCGUCUGGUGCUAUACGAAAAGCAUAAUGCCAACAGCUCAUAUAGACUAUUCCACUGCUCAUAAAAUACUAGGUGAGAACGAAUCAGGUAGUGGAUUAGUGGAAGAGGAUAGAUUCGUAUCGACACCAUAUGGAUUGAGUAUAAUAGAGAUUCAAGGUGAAUUAACUUUACCAAAUCAAGUCCCAUUAAAAGAAAAUUAUAGUGAAGAACACAAAGAAUAUUUUCAAAAUUUCAUUAAAGUUGAUGACUUAUACGAUGCUGUUAAGUUCGGGCAGAUAGAAUAUGAUGUCAAAGAUCCAAAGAAAGUGACCUUAUUUAUAGGAAAGUCUCAACGUUUGCUUGGUUCAUUGGUUGAUUUAGAUACACCGUUAGCUAUUUUGCGCAUACCCAUAAAAAAAGACAGUUCAGACGACACAAAUGAAAACAUUAAAAUCCUUGAUAUUAUUAAAAAGAAAAUGAUCUUCAAGCAAAGACCAUUACCUAUUAUGUAAAUAGAUAAAUAGAGAAAUAGAUAGAGAGUCAUGAUUGACGAUAAUUUAUAUUAAAUUUCCCUAUAAACUAGCUAGAGCAUACCUAUAACUUCACUCUUCCUGCAUCACGAUGAUCCCAAUUAAGACUUGAAGCAACUUCAAAUCCAAUACUUUGAGGAUCAAGAACAACUAAAUUUUCAUAUAUCUUAAUAAUAUCUUCUUGGCUAAAACCCAAUUCUUCUUUGAGAUAAUUUAUUAUGCUACCAUA